CUGAAAUUUAAUAGCUAAUUUUUAUAACUGAUAGUAUAACGUUGGGAGACGAUAAGUAUUAGUCGAGAAGACAUUCGUGUAUUAUUGUUUUUGUCCGUUUUUUCACAAUGGAAAGACUUCAUCUCAGCUUAUCAAACGUCCACUGCAAGGAUUGUGAAGAAGCCAUUCACGCUUCACUCUCCAAGUUUCUUUUCAUAAAGCCUGCUGACGAGACCUCCAGUACCCCACCCGAAAGGCAAGUUUAUCACGAUUCGGAAGUUGUUGUUUAUAAACUUAACAAUAAAGAACUUGACUUUUAUUAUGAAAACUCAAAUAAUGGUGUGAACGCUGGUUCACCAUCGAUGCUACAACAUUAUAUCAAGAAAAUUGUUAAAGCUAUUACGAAAAGUGGAUUCAAUGUACUAUCAUGGGAAUUUUUCGAGGAUAACGAACCAACCUUACACUCUCAAGUUCACGAUGCUAAUCAUUCUACAGCUGUUCAAAAAGUUGGGAAUAUAUCGGACUGGUUUAAUUUGUUUUCCCGUUUUGAAAGUCACCAAAACGAAAAACAGCAUCUAAAGUACUGUCAGGCUUGUUUGAAUUCUUCUUCCCAUUCAAAGAAGAGAAAAAGCAUGUUUUCUAGUUCAUCGUCAUCCAAACUUGGAUCUCAAGAGAGUUUACCUCAAGAAUCAUUUGAAACAGUUGUUGCAAAACCUUCUCAGGAGUACCGUGCUGUCUUUCUUGUAUCGGGAAUGACAUGCUCAUCUUGUGUUGGUUCUGUUUCAGAAACUAUUCAAAGUAUCCUUGAGUCUGAGAAUAUUAGCACCAAAAAUGCUGAAGGUGAAGCCAAUUAUUCAGUUAAUCUCAUACAGCACUCAGCAGUUGUGAUUAUUCCAAAUAAACAUAUCAUUAAUAGUAUUGUGAAUGCCGUUGAAGACUCAGGGUUUGAAUGUCGCUUGGUUGAAGUGCUUCCGGUCCAAAGGUCUAUCAACCUUAAAGUCACCGCUAUCAUUGGUGGUAUCACUUGUGCUGCUUGUGCAAAUUCAAUUCAAAGUGCUGUCAAAGAUUUAUCAUUUGUAUUGGAAAAUGGAAUUAAUGUGGUCACUAAAUCAGGUACAUUUGUAAUGGAAGAGUCAAUAGAUGAAAGUGAAGACAACCUAGCUAAAUUAAAAGAAACUGUUGAAGAUUGCGGAUUCGAUUUUGAAGUGGUUUCCGUUGAUAAAAUCAAUUAUACCUCAGGGAGAAAGAGCUCAAGAUCCAUUAAUGUUGGUGUUGAAGGAAUGUACUGUGGACAUUGCCCUGAAAUUAUCACCAAUUACUUGAAUAGUUUUGGUGAAGCUAUUGUCAUUGAAGAUCCUAUCACAUUAAAACAUCCAUUUAUCAAAUUCACAUAUAUUCCUAAUCAAGAAAGUAACUUGACAAUUAGAAGAUUUCUUGAUGAUCUCAAUCAUCUCCAUCCAAUUGAUAAUGACCCUGGGUAUAAAAUUGACAGUGACAAAGACGGUACUUUCCAAUGUAAACUCAUAGAGUCUGUUUCCAUGGAUGAACAUUUACGCAAAUUAACCAGAAGAGAAACCAUGAAGGUAGUCAGAAGAUUGUUAAUUGCAAUUGCUUUUACUAUACCUACCUUUAUCUUUGGAGUUGUUGCCAUGUCCUUACUACCUUCCUCAAAUAAAUUUAGAAUGUGGGUUGAAGAACCAAUCUGGGUUGGAAAUGUUUCCAGAAAUACUUGGAUCUUAUUGAUAUUAGCAACUCCAGUUUACUUCUUUGCAGCUGAUAUAUUCCAUAUCAAAGCAUUGAAAGAAAUUUGGUCAUUAUGGACCCAUAGAAACUCAUACAAGAAGAGAAUAUUCAGAUUCGGCUCCAUGAAUUUAUUAGUAUCCCUUGGUACUUCCGUUUCAUAUUUCGCAAGUAUAGCUUUACUAAUCUUAGCUUCUAGACAAGAGCGUCACACUCACCAAGGUCUCCAUACAACUUAUUUUGACUCAGUUGUAUUCUUGUCAUUCUUCUUAUUAAUAGGUAGAUUGUUAGAAAUGAUCUCUAAAUCUAAAACUGCUGAUGCCAUAUCAGGAUUGAGUGAACUUAAGGUCCAUCAGGCUACAUUAGUGGAACCAAUGAAGACUUCAGAUCGUGAUACCAAAUAUGACAAAGGUCAGUUAAUUGAAACCAAAUACUUGGAAGCUGACGACUUGAUCAUUAUUGCAUCUGGUGAAUCCCCACCAGUUGAUUGUAUCAUUAUUCAAGGUAAUAGCGAAUUCGAUGAAUCUGCAUUAACUGGGGAAUCAAUACCAGUUAAACAUUCACCUGGUCAUCAGAUUUUUUCAGGAACAGUUAAUUCUGGUAACAAUUCCAUCAUUGCAAAAAUUAUUAGCUUGGAAGGAGACUCACUUAUAGAUCAGAUUGUUAGUACUGUACGUGAUGGUCAAUUGAGAAAGGCACCAAUUGCUCGUACUGCAGAUUUAUUAACUGGAUAUUUUGUUCCAAUCAUUGUUCUAUUGGCAGUUAUUACCUUUGUGGUUUGGAUAGGAUUGGCAUACUCUGGAAAAUUGCCUGAUGAUUAUCUCGAUGUUGAUAUUGGUGGGUGGACUGUUUGGUCGCUUGAAUUUGCUAUUGCAGUUUUUGUAAUUGCCUGUCCAUGUGGAUUGGGCUUAGCUGCACCAACAGCAUUAUUCGUUGGAUCCGGUUUAGCUGCGAAAUAUGGAAUCUUAGCCAAAGGUGGAGGUGUAGCAUUUCAAGACGGAGCUAAUGCUAAUGUUGCAUGCUUUGAUAAAACUGGAACAUUAACUUAUGGGGAGCUUAAAGUUACUGACUUUGGAUUUAUUACAAAACAAGUAAAACUAGAAGAAAGAAUUCAAUUCAUAAAGAAACUUGCGUUACAAGUCACCAGAGAUUUAGAGAUUUCAUCAAAACAUCCAAUUUCCAAAGCCAUUAAGACAUUUAUUGAACAAAAUAAUCAAUUUCAAAACAUUCAACCAUCUCAAAAUAAAGUUCCGCAAGUUGAAAAUGUUCCUGGUAAAGGACUUAAAGGAGAAAUAAUCCUCGAUGAUGAUUCUGGAGAAUUGUGGAAUAAAUAUAGACCAAAGCAAGUCAUAUUAGGAAAUGAAUCAUUGAUGAAAGAUAAUUUGGUUGAGAUUACCACCGAACAAACAGAAUUAUUGAACAAAUGGAAAACUGAGUGUAAGUCAGUUAUUUUGGUGGCAGUUAAAUGUUUUGAAUUAUUUGAAAAUGACGGGUUUCAUUUAGUAUUAAUAUUAGCAUGUCGGGAUCAAGUUAGGAAAGAAACACGUCUAGUGAUGGACUAUUUGCAAAAUAAGAUUGGUAUUGAGUGUUGGAUGAUUACUGGUGACAAUAAAUUAACUGCUGAUGCUAUUGGGAAAGAAAUUGGAAUUUUACCAAAUCAUAUAAUCAGUGAAGUAUUACCAGAUCAAAAGCAAUCCCAAAUUAAAAUGAUUCAAAAAUUGAAGAAUAACAAUAUUGUUGCAAUGAUUGGAGAUGGAAUUAAUGAUGCACCGGCAUUAUCAGCAGCAGAUGUUGGAAUUGCUCUUGCAUCUGGGGCUGAUUUAGCGGUGACAUCUAGUGAUUUCAUUUUAUUAAAUAAAUUACAUCCCCUAGUAACCUUAGUUACAUUAUUUAAUUUAUCGAGGGUUGUGUUUAGAAGAGUUAAAUUUAAUUUUGGUUGGAGUUUGAUUUAUAAUUGUAUUGGUAUACCUAUUGCAGCUGGAGUAAUCUAUCCAUAUAAUAAUUCUAGAUUGAGUCCAGUUUGGGCUAGUGCAGCAAUGGCAUUUUCAUCGGUUAGUGUUAUAACAAGUAGUUUAGCAUUAAAAUUUUACCGUCCUAAAAUUAAAGCCGAAAAUUUACGUCAACUUGAAGAGGAGGAAGAAGAAACUACUAAUGAUGAUAUUAAUGAAAUUAACACCAUUUAGGC